AUGGAAAGCCCUCAUGAACAUCAGCAGAAUCUCCUGCUGUCUCGCAUCAUCACAAAUGUGGAGAAACUUAACGAGUCUAUUGUCGUCAUGAAUAAGACCCUUCAGGAUAUAAACAUCCAGAACAUGAAUAUUGAGUUGGUUGCUCAGAUGUUCAAGAACUAUCAAUCUAACGUGCUCUUCCAUCUCGAGGCCACCGAUAACCUGAAGGACCCCUCAUGA